AUGUUUUUUUUUUUUAAUUUAGUUUUUUCUCAAUUUUCAUCACAUGAUACAGUAGUUAAUGGUGGAAUUAUUCCUACAUUAUCUGCUUUGUCAGUACUUUCACCACUUCGGUCGUCAGUUACAUUAGCCAAUAUGAGCAAUCUUACAAAUACACAAGAGAAUCAGAAUUAUUUUCUCGAUGAAUUUAAUUCACAACAAUCAUUUGCAAUGUCUCGAUGGCAAUCAGAUGCCGAAAACUUGAAUCUACAGUUUGAUUCAUCUAAUCGACAAUCAUCAACCAAUCUUGUUAAUGAUUUUCUGACCAACCGAAAUAUUGCUUCUUCAUCCAUAACUGAUGCAAUUAUUUCACCUAUGUCUCGGUUGUCAACAUCAUCAUCGGUCAUGUCUUUUAGUAGCAUUGGUAAUCAAAAAUCAAAUAGUCAACGAUCUGUGAGUACUGAAAAAAAAAUAUAA